UUUCCAAUACCUGAAAAGUUUCUUUUUGUAAUAGUAUCAUAAAUAAAAAUAUAUUUACAAAAAUUGAUGAUGAAUUUAUCUUCCUUGCUACGAUCGUCUUUGUUGUUAAAAGCUAAACCAUUCGUAAGGACUAUUGCCCAGGCUGGGCAACCUUUAAAUCACCAAAGUGGAGCUAGUCCAUAUAAGUAUGUUGCGCUUCUUCCUGAAGAAACAUCAAAUGAGUUUCAUCAUAUAAACAACAGGAAUGCUACAAUACUUUUUUUGACAGAUUUAUUAAGAGGUUUGGCAAUGACUUUAAGCUAUGUGUUUCGAGAGCCAGCCACAAUUAAUUACCCUUUUGAAAAAGGUCCUUUGAGUCCUCGCUUUCGUGGUGAGCAUGCAUUAAGAAGAUAUCCUUCUGGUGAAGAAAGGUGUAUUGCUUGUAAAUUGUGUGAAGCUAUUUGUCCUGCUCAGGCAAUUACAAUAGAGGCUGAACCCAGACCCGAUGGUAGUCGACGUACAACAAGAUAUGAUAUCGAUAUGACAAAGUGUAUUUAUUGCGGUUUUUGCCAAGAAGCAUGUCCAGUUGAUGCAAUUGUUGAGGGUCCUAACUUUGAAUAUUCAACUGAAACACACGAAGAGUUGCUUUACAAUAAAGAAAAGCUGUUAGAAAAUGGAGACCGCUGGGAAGUUGAGAUAGCAAAGAAUAUUCAAGCUGACUAUCUUUAUAGAUAAUUUCUAUGCGUUUGUAUGCUAAAAAGUAUGUUUGAUAAAUAAUUAUAAAUAAAAAAAAAUCUCUGAAA